UUACUUUGAACAACUCAUUAGGUUCAUUUAUAUUAAAUUCUGUAUAUUCAAUUACAAAAUGCCUUCUCAUCUUGGCCAUGGAAUGCAUGUUCCAUAUUUGGACAGAGGCCCGAAAGCUCAAUCAACCUAUCACACUCUCACCAAUUUACCAUUCGAAAUGAGACCUAAAUUACAGAAUAGAUAUGAGUAUGUCACUCGGCCGUCCAGUGUUCAUCAACCUCUGGAACCAAGGACAAAGACUCCCACAAGUCCUCGGCGGACAAGCCUUGGGUUUGUACGAGACGUGAAGAAAGACGAACAAAAAGAAAUGUCUGGAGUAGAAUAUGCAAAAUUUUUAAAAGAAAAUGAGAGGACUCUGGGACCUAGUGGAUUUUUAGACUCCAGGAGAUACAACCAUACUUUCAAUGUGAGAGGUUUAACUGUUCCCCCUCCUCGCGCCGGGGUAGCUGCUCUCAAGAAACCAGAUUCAGAACCAACUAAUGUUAUUAACCUUGCUCAUAAAACAGCAGCUUAUGAAAAAGAAUUUGAAAGAAGAAUGAAAAUAAUUGAGGAUCACAUGUGGCAACACAAGCAAGAAGAAAGAGAAAUAAAAAGAGUGGAAGGAGACGUCAUUAAAAAGAAAAGAUUAUUGCAAAGAAAUAUGAGAGAAUAUGAAAAUGCAAUGGCUAAAAAGAUGUUGGACGAAGAAAAAAGAUUAAACACUACGAUUGAACAGACAGAAAAGGUCAAAGUUGAAGCCACUCAUGCAAAGGAGGAGAGGACGAAACAAAGAAUUGCAAAAGCCCAUGAUGAUCUUCAACAGGCAAAAGCAAAGCUGAGGAAGAAUGCACUGAUUGUAACUGAUGCAGAGCGUCAAUAUCGAUUAAAAUUGACUGAACUUGAAACUCGAAAAAUUGAGAUUGACAGAAUAACAAGAGAAUUUGAGGAAAAGUUGAAGAGAAAGGAGGAGGCAACCUUCAGACUAACAAAACAACUCGGUGAAUUGUCCAUUGCAAUGAACAUGGAAUCUAUGAAAGGAAGAGUUGCUGCAACUGAAAAUAAAAAGCAAGAAAGAGUCUCAGCUACAAAAUACAUCCAUGAAAAUCGUCAUCAUGAUCUGGAACUGGAGAAGAAACUUGCAAAAUCAGAUGGACUAAACAGAGCCGCACAAAAUAGAAGGAGGCAACACAGUGCAAACAUGGUUCAGAAGAAAGACCAUCUUUCAGAAAGAGGCAGAGAAGGUGACAGAAGAGUAACUGACACAAAGAACAUGAUGGAAAACAACAUAGCUAAUCAGAAAAAAUUGAAAGAAGACAAAGAUGCAGAAGGAUUUUAUAAACAGAAGAAACAAUAUGAAAGAAACGUGGAGGAACAUGUUUUGAGGAAGAACAUUGCACUACAACAAAUUCAAAACAUGAGAAGAGAAAUGGCAAUGAAGAAGCAGGAGAAUUGGGAAAAAACAUACGAAAACAAUUAUCGUGAUUUCACUCGGCGGAGAAAUGAGGAUUUAAUCAGAACAUUUCAUAGGAUUGUUAACCAUGACAAUGAGAUGGAUCAUCAGCUUUAUCAGAAGUGCAGACAAUUCGAUUUUGGAAGAAAGAGUCAGGAACAAACUCUUAAGAAAAUGGAAGAACAACUAAACCGAGCAAGACUGAGGAACAACACAAAGUUAAGGCAAGAUAUGACAGAAUCAGACUUCAAGGAGCAUGAUAUACAAAACAAAAUUGCAAAGACUAAAGCAGAACUUUUCCGGGCACAAAACCAAAGAUCAUCUGCUGAGUACAUGUUGAGAAGAUUCAGAGGAGCAGCAAAAGAAACUGAGUAUAUUUAUAAUGAGAGACUGAGGGAACAAAAGAGAUUGAUGAGAAUUGGUGCCCGCACCGAUACCUAUUUAGAACAGCAAACAAUACCUGUCAUGUAAAUCAAUAUGUGUACAUACAAGGAUGAAGAUUAGCUUUCGGGUGUAUUAUAAGAAAAUAUUUCUUUUGCCGACAUUUUCAUUUUUCUAUUGUUAACAGUAGAAAAUUUAAUUUAUUAUGGUAGAACAGUCAAUCAAAUCACCAUGGUCCUUAACAAUCUGUUUUUAGUUUAUUUGUAAUUAUGUUUCUUCCUUUUCUUUUAUACAGUUAUCUGUGAACUACAUUUUUUUUGUUUCCAAUAAUAUUUACAUAAAGCAUGGUCAGAUUAUGGUGAAAAAAUUCUCGGUUCAGAUCUGGAAUUACCCACAAAAAAUGUGAUACAGUAUUACAUUGUUUGUAGUGUAAUUGUGUUUCGUAUAAUAACGGUAAUUAAUAACUAUGUCGUUACUUCAACCAAAUUUUCAGAAAUGUUUUAUAAAUUUAUGUAUUUAUUUAACUUUUAUUUGGCUUAAUAAUGGUCACAUUUUAUUCUUUAGAGUAAAUUCUUUUUGUGUCUGCCAAAAUAAGUUGUUUUUCAUGUGCCAAAGCCAAAAUGAUGAUUUGUGCCAAAAUAGAAAGCGAAUUUUUUGGAAUAACAUAAUCCAAUACAAUGAAGAUUAUGCUUUCUCAUCUAUGCUAAAGUUGUAUCAAAUUAUUUUACCUACAGUUAUUAUUUUUAUAUCUUUUAAAAUUAUAAUGUGCCUAUUGACUGUCUAUCUAUUUAAAUGAAUAUAUAAAUGUAUUCUCAUGUGAAUAUUUUAUCUAAUGAAGACAAUAUUGGCCUUCGAUAAAAUUGCACUUAUUACCAUUUUUCCUUUUGGUUAAACUAUUUUACAUACACUUUAUAGGGUUGCAACAACUAAAUCUAGUAUAAAUAAUACUGCCAAAUUAUUUCAGUCUUAAAUAUCUUUCAGGGUAUAGAAUGUCAUGAGUAUUUCAUAACUUUGUAACCACAUUGGGUUUGGAAAAUUUAAAACAAAAAAAUAAUUUAUGUACAGUAUAUAACGUCGUUGUUAUGUUAACUCUCCGAAUAGAUUUUGACUGUGAACCACAUUCACUAGUACCUGCUGGUCUUUUUGUUAAUUAGUUAUGUCCCUUUUUCAUAGUAGUACUACUAAAUAUCUUAUGAACUCAAAGCUAUCUACAUUAUCUGCUAAAUGACUUUGAGAUUAAUUUUUCAGGUCCAUAGUGCCAUCUAUAAAAAUAUUUGUGUUUGUUUCUAAUUGAAAAUUUUACAUUGCAACUAAAUUCGUAAUGUGUACAAUAAAUAGAUAUAUAUUUUUGACAA